CCUCUCUGCAACUGAGUUAAAGAACUGAAUUAUGACUUAUGAGCUCAUGCAAACUGCGAUGGAGAUGUUAAUCGUGCUUCAUUUUCAUGUUCAGUUUCUCGUUCGCACCUGACUCGGUAAAGUCCCACAUCGUGUAGCGUUUCAUUACUUUGAUAGGAUAUAUAGGAAAGCGAACAAGGGAAGCUCGUCCCUUCGGGGACAUCCGAUAAAAUUGGAACGAUACAGAGAAGAUUAGCAUGGCCCCUGCGCAAGGAUGACACGCACAAAUCGAGAAAUGCUUCAAACGCGAAUGGAUCACCAACAGUUAAACCCGAGCGGAGCGAAACCGGUGGCAGCGGCGGCGCCUCCGCUUCACAAAAGUGACGCCGACGACGACGAUGAGAACGUUAAGCAGCUCGACGAGUGUUCUGCUCUCUACCUUUUAAUGCAGGAUUGCGUUGUUCGAACAAACAGGAAUUGGAAAGAAUGCCAGCCAGAAAUUCAAGCUCUGAAGGAAUGUUUUGAAAAGAAGAAGAUAAACAAAGGCAAGUAAGAGAAUUUUGAGCUGGCAGUAAUAAAGGUCAUUCAUGAAUUUGUUUGUCCGAAUGAUUCAAUAUUUCAAUUGAAACUGGUUGAGAUUGAACUUGUGGAAAUGGGACUCCAUAUGAGAUCCCUUUAUAAAGGUUGAUUCUAAUUUGAAGAUAACAAAAAGAUGAUUAAGAAAAAACCAUUUUGGCAUUAUUGAUUUAGAUUUAGUGCUUAGGAUUAUGCUUUAAUUCUGGUUGCUCUGCUGUUCUUAGGUGAUUUGAUAUAAUUGUAACUAUGUUUUGAAGAAAUUGUUGAGGGGCCAAACACAAGGGAACCGUGUUGAUAUUUUGUAUUCAUCAUAAAUUUGCAUCUGAAAGUGGAGUGUUUAUAAGACACCAUACAAGAUCAGGGGUAAAAUAAAGUAGUUUAGGUGUAGGUGUCAAAGUUGAAAGCCACAUAAACAUUAAACAAUAAGAUCUUAAAGUAAUGGAAUAGGCAUCAAUAUGGGGGUGGGUGCAAGGUUUAGAUGAUUAAGAAACAUUGUCUUUCAAUCAAGUCCUGCCCCACACCAAGAAAACAAAGUAUUGCAUUGGCACACCACCAAACAAAGGAAAUUGAUCGACUAUCCUUUCUUUGCAGUUUAUUCUAAAAUGAUUUUAUUGGCGAAAC